AAUAAUAAUAAUCUUUCCAAUUAUAUAUAUAUGCAAAACCCACCUAACAUUCUAUUUUUUCUAACAAGUAAAAAUCAAAUCUUAUUAUUAUUGUUAUUCUCAUUCUUCUACUAUGUCUAAGCACGAACAAGUAAAACCCUUAGCCCCAGCCGCAUGGCAUAUUCGCAGCGACGAAGAGCUUUCGACGGAAUCACGGCUCCGUCAGCGAAAAUACGUAAUCUGCUGCGGCUGUACGACUGCCGUUUUGCUGAUUCUGGCCGUCAUACUCAUAGUCCUCGGCUUCACCGUUUUACAUGUAAGAGAACCCAUCAUCCACAUGAACCGCAUCAUCAUCCAACGCCUAGAGCUCGACGACAAUGGAAUCCCACGCACCGACGUUAACAUCACUCUUUUAGCCGAGGUCUCGGUCAAGAAUCCCAACUACGCGUCGUUCCGAUUCAAGAACACAACCACGUUGAUUUACUACGGCGGCGCUGAGGUCGGCGAGGGUAGGAAUCCGCCUGGGAAGGCCAAAGCUAGAAGGACGAUGAGGAUGAACAUGACGGUGGAUGUAAUUCCGGCCGAAGUCGCCGCCGUUCCCGGGUUUUCGAGUGAAUAUAGUUCCGGCCGAGCGUUGACUUUCGACACGUAUACCAAAGUCGAUGGAAAAGUCAAAAUUGCUAGCGUUGUGAAGAAGAACGUGGAGGUCAAGUUGAACUGUACGGUGUCGUUUAACAUCAAAAGCGGGGAGAUUCAGAACAAGCCUUGCAUACAGAAAGUUAGCCUCUAGUUUUUUUUUUUUUUUUUUAAAUGCUAUAUAGUAAAGAGUAUAUGAAGGAAAAUCCUGAUACUAGUUCAUUUUUAUUGAAAUGUGUUUGGUUUCUAUACAAAGAGUUUUUCCAGAUAA